CGUUGGCCUGGACGUGGCACCGAGGAGGAGCUGCGCCCUCUCCGGUUCAUCACCGCUCAUCUCCGGUUCUUCUCCGCCCCGGUACCCGGCUCUUCUGCGGCUCUAACCAGCAGCUUCUCCCGGACUGACCGGCUGACAUUCUCCCCCGUCAGGUUUUUCAUCGUCACGCCGCUGAACCGGGACCUUUUAAUUAAAAAUGGGUCUGACGAUCUCGUCUCUGUUCUCCAAGUUCUUCGGGAAGAAGCAGAUGAGGAUACUGAUGGUCGGUUUGGACGCAGCUGGAAAAACAACGAUCCUCUACAAACUGAAGCUCGGAGAGAUCGUUACCACCAUCCCGACUAUCGGUUUUAAUGUGGAGACGGUCGAGUACAAGAACAUCUGUUUCACUGUCUGGGACGUCGGUGGUCAGGACAAGAUCCGACCUCUGUGGAGACACUACUUCCAGAACACACAGGGUCUGAUCUUCGUGGUGGACAGUAAUGACAGAGAGCGAGUAGCGGAGUCGGCCGAGGAGCUCUCUAAGAUGAUCCAGGAGGACGAGCUGAAGGAGGCAGUUCUUCUUGUGUUUGCUAACAAACAGGAUCUUCCCAACGCCAUGGGAGUCAGCGAACUCACCGACAAACUGGGUCUGCACAGCCUGCGCAGCAGAACUUGGCACGUCCAGGCCACCUGUGCCACGCAGGGUACUGGUCUGUACGAGGGUCUGGACUGGCUCUCCAAUGAGCUGUCAAAACGUUAGACCACCUGACAGGAAACAGGAAGCAGCAGACUGAUGUCACCGACUGAUGUCACCGUGUACAAACUGAUGAGGAGGAAGAGGAGGAGGAGGAGAGUUUCACAGGACUGUUUUUGUUUUUUUUAAAUUAUAAAUGUGUCUGUCUGUAGGAGGAAGUGAUGUCAUGGACUCUGAGCUCACUUUGAUUUCCCAUCAUCCUCUUCUUCUGUUCUUCUGCAGCUGUUUGUUAGAUCUGUUUUUUCUUUUAAUCCGCAUGUUUUAACUCAGAAUCAUGUGACGGGAUGUCAACGAAGAUGAGGGGCGGGGCUUAAUACAGGUGACCGUGUACCUGUGAGCAGGGGGCGGGGUUUAUGACAGGGGCCAGUUAGCUGGCGAUUCCACAGAGCCGAUCCUGAAGGCCUCGUCAUUCCUUAUCAAUGUGAAGAAGCAGAGACGAUGAUGCAAUAAAGGUUUUUUCUUCUCA